AUACAUACGUACUUAUUUAUUCUAUACUUGUUGACAUACACGCCGGUAUACUUACGCGUAUAUAUUGUAUGCAGUACAGCUGGGACGAUAAAAUACACGAGCAUGACCGAGGUGCGGAAGGACGACGUCGUUAAGAUCGUCCACACUUAUCCGCUCUGUCGAAAAUGCGACAUGACGGACGAGAUGAAGCAAGAGGUGAUGGAACUGUGCGUCACAGCGGCCGAAAAGUACGCGGACAAUUACGAGUCCGUGUCGCGGAUGAUCAAAGAGACCAUGGACCGGAAAUUCGGCGCCUCCUGGCACACCGUCGUCGGCGAGGGCUACGGUUUCGAGAUCACCUACCAGCUCAAGCACCUCCUCUACAUGUACUGCGCUGGUAAUCUUGCCAUCUGCAUCUGGAAGUCUGCUUGA